AUGGAGACGUUCACAGCGCCUGAUAUCUUCAACUCGACUGACCUGAACAAGAUUUUAUGUAAUUUGGGGAUUAAGAACAUUUCGGAGUGCGAGAACGAGCAGGACCCGUCUCCGGAACCUAAAGGUACAGUGAUUUCAAAUAUUUACCACGUCUAUCAAGUGUUGAAAACAUCAAUGAGUGAUUUUAGAUUAUCUGAUGAAAAAUUGGAUAUCAACUUAUGCUCCAAGUCCAACUAUUUUGCGCAAAAGAGCGACUGCUCAGGGCUUAGUUUGUGCGUCAGUGCGCAUUACGCACAUGGCUCAAGUCCUCCAGAGGGCUAACGCAGUGUGUCAUGUUAGUGGUGACACAUAUGUUGUCACUGCACUCUCGGACUGACAGUGUCAAGUGAAAAGAAAUAGCGUUGCGCAAUUUUUAAGCCAGGGGCCACAGAAUUUGAAUAAAACGUAUUUCGGUAAAAGCACGCAGAAGGAAUUCUAUUAAAGUGUUAUCAUCGUGAAAUUUCGCUCCUGGAGUUGAAAUUUAUAUAAGAAUAUGAGUGAGAUAGGUCACAUUUUGUCCCCAUAUGUCCGCUUCCUCCAGAUAUCAACCAGACGGUGAGGAUCGUCCUCUACAGCCUCAUCUUCCUCCUCGGUGUCCUGGGCAACAGCCUCAUUAUCGCUGUCCUGGUGAGAAACAGGCGCAUGAGGACAGUCACCAACCUGUUCCUGCUGUCCCUGUCUGUCAGCGACCUGAUGCUGUCCCUGAUCUGUAUCCCCUUCACCCUCAUCCCGAACCUCAUGAGGGACUUCAUAUUCGGCACCGGGAUCUGCAAGCUGGUCAUGUACUUCAUGGGUGAGUUUACUUUUAUGUGGGUUUUGGUAUCUUGAAAUUGAAGUGAUUCCAAAUCUUUUUGCCCUGGCCAUUACAGAAAAUGGGAGCUACCUCUGUACCCAGGAUAUUUUGAAUUUAAAAAAGGGAAAUUCAAUUGUCUUAAGUCUCACUUGUCAUGUCUCAAAAAGUCUUCUAUUUAUGAAGGAAUUGUAAAGUCUGAUGGCUGUGGGUUCAAAGAGGGUGAGCAGAAAUUAUAAUGGUUGGGACUGACACCAGAAAUUUAGAUUCAAGCAAAUCAAUCAACAAUCAGGCUCGGACCAAAGUGGCUUUUCCUAUUUUAGAAAAUACUAAAUAAAACUCAACAAACAGGACAACAAUGAGAUAUGGUUCUUAAAAUUGGCUCUAGGUUUGAAUCCCAUUGCAGAGCUUGAAUAUUCUAGAUUUAGACCACACCGUUCUACAAAUUAGAUAAACCUUGAACUAAUGAGCCCUGAACAGCAAAGGCACAGAUGGGUCACAGUGAGCAGGUUCUGAAUUUGAGUUCCUGUAGAGGUAGAAAUUCAUCAGUGGUGCAUGAGUGUGGUGGUUGACUCUGAUGUGUAACGAAACAUAGGCAAAAGGUUCAAAUCCCAGCAAUGGCUGAUUUAUGUGAAGCGAUGAUGGCUUGAAUCCUAUCCCCGUGCUUUUGAAUCAGAAAAGAAUAAAAAGGUAGGACUGGAGUGAGACAGAAAGUAUGGAUGUUUCUGGGUUAGUAGGUUCUGGGUUCAAGUCCUUGUAAAAGGUCUGCCUUGGGUAGCAAACAUUUUACAGUUCCUACCACAGUUUUUUCUGUGCUUUUGAACUGUCACAUUGUAAUAAAAAAGACAAUAAAGACAGUAAUAAAACUUAAUUGAGGAGGUUGUGGGUUUAGAUUCUGGUAGGGGCCUUUUUAUGGGUAGCUGGAAUUUUCUGGUUUCGAAUUCAAGCUAAAGUUUGUCCUAUAAAAAAGACUGGUUACUUUUUUUAUUGCUUUAACUAAACUUUUACGUAGACUAUCAAUCACUUCAUCAAUCUUUAUUUGUGUGGUGCAAAAACGCCCAUUUCAGGAAAUUAAAAAACAGUUUUAAAAAAAUCAGCUUUUGUUAUUUCCUGCCCUAAACAAAAAGAAAACUCAACUCCUCUGUCUUUGUUUUUCUUUGUAUUUCUUUGUUCUGCUGAGAGACAAUAACUGAAGUCAUCUUGGGUCACGUUGCGUGCAAGGUUCAUUUCCCUGCAUGUUCAAAUGCUCCUGUGUUUUAAUGAGUCCGAGCUAAAAAUAAACCACCCGGGUUAAAGGAAGCAUGUGUUGUCAGAAAGUAUAGUUGUACCUGAGGCCAAAUUUGAAGAAACAGUUUGGUUUUUCUCGCUCUUUUAGUUUCUCUUUUGUGCAACCCAUCCGCUGUUGUUUUCUGCACAUUUGUUUGAUAUUUCAGAGUGUAGGAGCUCAGAAUACAAGGUAUGAGAGCAAAUCCAAGUUAGUGGAGGAGUUUAAAUCUGAUGAGGCUCAGAGUGAAAUACAGAGAUUAUAGAACUACCAUCAGAAAUCUGUUCAGACAUCAGUAAUAUGCAUUAUAUGUCUCAUGCAGACAGGGGAAGUCAUUACCUCAACGGUGCUUCUGCACACUCGUGAUCCCAUAGCCUCUCUCUCGUCCUUUGGCUUUUCAGACACUCAUGGUCACACACCUGCCUCCUCCUGCUCUCCUCUCUCCAGUUGUUAUAUUUUUAUGAUCCUGGGAAGCUAUAAUCAUUGUUGAAGGCAGAGAGAAAAAGUUGUGAGGCAGGCCAGAUCAGGUUGUAAAUGUGCUUGAAACAUGAAAUCUGACUUCAGCGUUUCGUGAAAUAGUGCAAGCAGAAACUUGACUUAAUUUCAGACCCAUCUUUAAGCCGAUCUUUAAACUGACAGUCACAUUUGCCAACAGUUUUUAUGCUUUUUUUGCUCCUAUUUUGCUCUUUCAUCUCUUCAACUCCUUGUUUUAAAGUGAUAUUCUGGCGUGAAAUUAAUUUAGGGUCAAACACACUGUAACACCGAGUUAGACACCCCCUUGAGGAAUGAAUGUUGCUGAUCGCUUGCUUCUCUAGUUUUACUACCUUUAGUAAUGACCGCACAAUAGCAAUACACAGCGGUCUACCUCUCGACACACAAACCUCAACCAAAACGCCACUCUAUAGCCACAAAUAAUGCUCAGAACAGCACCUAACUUCAUCAACAGUACAUAUAGGGUCUUAGCCAUAGUACUAGCCACCAAACAUCUUUUUAACUUUGCCGAAACACAAUUCACCUACUCUCUUCCAGCAGCCGCUUGUUUGUAGCGAGACCUCAGGCCAGUCCAUUACGGACUGCUGCGGGGUGACGCAGCUCAAGGAAGAACAUUUAUGAUCAUUUCUUUAUCAUUUCCUGGAAGUAAUAAUCAUCAUAUUAAUCAUUUUAGCAUCUCGGUCUGAUUGCAUUCCCAUGAAGAAAUGAUCAUAAAUGUUCUUCCUUGAGCUGCGUCACCCCGCAGCAGUCCGUAAUGGACUGGCCUGAGAUCUCGCUACAAACAAACGGCUGCUGGAAGAGAGUAGGUGAGUUGUGUUUAGUCUCUUUGUUAAAGAAAUUAGGCAAAGUUAAAAAGAUGUUUGGUGGCUAGUACUAUGGCUGGGACCCUAUAUGUACUGUUGAUGAAGUUAGGUGCUGAUCUGAGCUUUAUUUGUGGCUAUAGAGUGGCGUUUUGGUUGAGGUUUGUGUGUGGAGAGGCAGACCGCUGUGUAUUGCUAUCGUACAGUCGUUACUAAUGUUGGUAUAACUAGAGAAGCAAGCGGUCGGCAACAUUCAUCUCUUAAGGGGGUGUCUACCUCGGUGUUACAAUGUGUUUGACCCUAACUUAAUUUUACUCCGGAAUAUCCCUUUAAGCUUUAAAUAUCCUGUUACCAAACUAAGAUACUUAGUAAAAGUAAAACGCCAAACCUGAUCUGCAGUCAAAUCAGAAAAUUAACAAAAUUCUGAUCUAGUCUCAGUUUCUUUUCCUCUUUUUCUAUCUUGUGCCUAAAGAAUAAGUUUAUCUCUCAGAGAAACUUUGUUCUAAUCUGCACAAAUGACACACCUGUACCAAUAUUUCACUUUAACCCCAUUACAGCUCAGGAAAGGAAAUCUGAUUUCCAUCGUCUUCCACACUUCCUCUUGCUCCACGCGGUGCGACCAGAGUGCUGUUUACCAGGAUUAUAACCUCGUUUGUCCUUGUGUUCAUCUGUUUAAGUGUCGCUCCUCUCAGAUUGUACGAUGCCAUCAUUUGUAUCGCUAUUUUUAGCUCUUCAUGUUAUCGUCCCCGUGUGUGUGUUAAGGCUGAUUUGGCAAUAGGGAGCGGAGGAUGUGCCUGUCGUUGCUCAGCAGUUAAAUUUAAUGUGACGUGUAUAAAUGUGCCACAGCAGCACAGGCAGCGGCGAAGGUAACACGGUGACAUGUUGGGAGGAUGUGAGCGUGUCUGGGUGUGACUCGACCGUAAGCGUCAGGAACAUUUCAGGUGAAAAAACUACUUUAUGAAGUCCCAUGAGAGGCGAACUGGCGAGUGUGAUUGAGUCGUACGGUAUGAGGUAUUUUGCAAAACUCUCAGCCAAUCAGAGCUCAACCCUCACAUCUCAUCUGUGGUCUGUUUUUGGAUUUUAAUCUGCACAGGUGUCUCAGUGAGCGUCUCCACAUUUAACCUGGUGGCCAUCUCCCUGGAGCGUUACAGUGCCAUCUGCAACCCUCUGACCUCCAGGACAUGGCAGACAAAAUCCCAUGCCGCCAAGGUCAUCACCGCCACCUGGGUGGCGUCCUUCAUCCUGAUGCUGCCUUACCCCAUUUCAAGCACCCUCAAGCCCUUCACUCGCCUCAACAACAGCACGGGUCACAUGUGUCGCCUGAUUUGGCCCAACGAUGUCAUCCAGCAGUCCUGGUGAGCUGAAAAUAAGUGCGAGAGGAAGUGUCAUACCUUUACUUUCCCAGCGGGGCGUCUUCACACUCAGAUGGUCUCUUUAUUGAUUUUCUCUGUCUGGAGCUGCUGGUGAGAGACAGUCACUCGGGAUAACCCUCUAAUGUGAUGUGCUUGGCCCUUCAAAAUAAAAGCACACACACAAUCUCAGUCCCUUUGUUCUUGUCAACGUGAUGCCGACAGUGUCAGUUCAGAUAAUCCGACAGUAUAUUUCAGUUCAUUCACAGGAAAUAAGACACAAAUUCAAGGUCAGAUGUUUCUAAUAUGAGCGCAGCAGUUUGGCUCUGGGGUUGAUUUUAAUUAGACGCAUCUGCUUACAUCUCCAAAUUCCCCCCUCGUAGGUACGUUUCCCUGCUGCUGCUGCUCUUCCUGAUCCCGGGGAUCGUCAUGAUGACGGCCUAUGGACUCAUUUCCCUGGAGCUGUAUCGGGGCAUCAAAUUUGAGUUAUCCAACAGGAAAUCCAGCCGAGGUAUGAGACACAGAUAUGAAGUGGAUAUUUUAGAUUUUACUGUUUGCAGGUUGAUGUUCAGGCGAGUUUACAGACCUGUCUUAAAGGGGUAUUACGGCGUAAAAUUAAGUUAGGGUCAAACACACCAAACAUCUUUUUAACUUUGCCUAAUUUCUUUAGCAAAGAUACUAAACACAACUCACCUACUCUCUUCCAGCAGCCGCUUGUUUGUAACAAGACCUCAGGCCAGUCCAAUAAGACUACCAUGGGGUGUCGCAGCUCAAGGAAGAACAUUUAUGAUCAUUACUUAAUAAUUUUCUUGAAUUAAUAAUCACCAUAUGAAUAAUUUUGCACUGUAGACGCGGUAGUUCUACUGACUUAGCGUCUCGGUCUGAUUGUAUUUCCAUGAAGAAAUGAUCAUAAAUGUUCUUCCUUGAGCUGUGUCACCCCGCAGCAGUGUGUAAUAGACUGGCCCGAGGUCUCGCUACAAACAAUCGGCUGCUGGAAGAUAGUAGGUGAGUUGUGUUUAGUCUCUUUGCUUAAGAAAUUAGGCAAAGCUAAAAAGAUGUUUGGUGGCCAGUGAUAUACCAAAGUUGGUAUAACUAGAGAAGCAAGCAGUCGGUAACAUUCAUCUCUUGAGGCAGUGUCUAACUCGGUGUUACGGCGUGUUUGACCCUAAAUUAAAUUUACGUCGGAAUAUCCCUUUAAAAUAUAUUAUCAUACCAUUAUAUACAUAAGGAGAGCUCAAAUAUGAGAUUAUAGGCUUGUCAAAAUCAGAUCUGAUGCAAUAAGUGAUGAUACAAUACACAUGUCGGCUCUUUGUUAUGAGCCUGCGAGUUUCAGCGCUUGCUUGUUGAAUGUCUCUGCAGGUUUUUAUUCACUCGUCUCCUUCUGUCCUUUUCCCCGACAGAAAGACAAUCCAGCAUCAAAACCGGUGACAGCGACGGCUGUUAUCUGCAGCCGUCUAAAAAUAAAAGCAUCACAGCCAGCAACAUCCCCAGCUCCAGCAGCCCACCCAUGAUAGGCCGAGUGUGUGGCAACAGCUCCACAGCCAACCUGAUGGCGAAGAAGCGAGUCAUCCGCAUGCUCCUGGUCAUCGUCUUCCUCUUCUUCCUGUGCUGGACUCCUGUCUCCGUGGUCAACGCGUGGCAGGCGUUCGACCGGCGCUCGGCUUACCGCCUAACAGGUGCGCCCAUCUCCUUCAUCCACCUGCUCUCGUACGUCUCGGCCUGCGUCAACCCCAUCAUCUACUGCUUCAUGAACAAGCGUUUCCGCCAAGGCAUGCUCGCCACUUUCACCUGCUGCAGCUGUUUGAGGAAGCGCAGCGGUUUAGGGAGGUCGACUGGAACCGGGACACUGAGAGGGGAAGGGAGCAAGUAUCGAGCUGGAGAGAAGGCCAACGAGCAGAACGGUCACACGCCACCAAGUGGAGCCAGCACGCGCUUUACCUACACUGGGGUCCGAGCCUCGGCCUGGAGUGAACUGACUUAA